CGGCCGCGUGCUGGCGCUUACGAGCGGCGGCGCGCCAACUGCGUCCGCCGCGCACCGCGUUCUCCACCUCCUCCUCCGCACCUCCCCGCCGCCCCCGCUCCCGCGCCUCGUCGCCAUCGCGCGCUGGUCUCGCGCCCACUUCCGCGCGCCGCUCCCGCUCCGGCUCCACGCGCUCCUCCUGGCCCGUCUCGCCUCCGACGGCAGCCUCCACUCUCUCCUCCGCUCCGAGCUCCACGUCCUCGCCGCGGGGCGCCUCCACUCGCCCGCGUCCAUCCUCCGCGCCCUCCCCGCUUCGUCCGGCCCGCUCGUCGCCGACAUGCUCGUCCUCGCGCUCGCCCGGGCCUCCCAGCCGCUGGCCGCGUACGAGGCAUUCCUCCUCGCCGGCGCCGACUGCCCGCGCUACCGCCCUUCGGCCUUCUCCGUGAACGCCCUGCUCGCCGCCCUCGUCCGCGCCGACCGGGUCGACCUCGCCGACCGGGCGUUCAGGGCGGCGCUGCGGCGGCGCGUGUCGCCGGACUUGUUCACCUUUAACAUCGUCAUCUCCGGGUUCUGCAAGACUGGGCAGCUCCGCAAGGCCGGUGACGUCGCCAAGAACAUCAGUGCGUGGGGGGUGGCGCCCUCGGUCGCCACCUACAACACCCUCAUCGACGGUUACUGCAAACGCGGACAAGUUGGAAAAAUGUACCAUGUCGAUGCGCUGUUGAAAGAGAUGAUCCAAGCUGGAAUUUCUCCUGACGUGGUCACAUUCAAUGUGCUGAUUAAUGGGUAUUGUAAGGAGCCCAACAUUACAGCUGCAAUCAAGGUCUUCCAGGAGAUGAGACAGCAGGGGAUUCCUGCGAAUGUGGUGACAUACAAUUCACUUGUUUCAGGGCUCUGCAGAGAGGGGAAGGUGGAGGACAGCAUCAAGCUGGUGGAAGAGAUGGAGGAGCUGGGGUUGGCAUGCAUAUUGUCUACCAUGAACAGUGUGCUGAACGGGUUUUGCAAGAAAGGCAUGAUGGUGGAAGCUGAGGGUUGGGUUGAUGGCAUUGCACAGAGGGGCAUGAAACCCAAUGUGAUUACUUACAAUACCUUGGUCGAUGGAUACCGGCGGCUUGGAAAAAUGAAGGAGGCAGCGGCAGCCAAGGACGCUAUGGCAGGGAAGGGGAUUAGUCCAAAUGUUAAAACUUAUAAUUGCUUGAUAACAGGGUUUACCACUAGUAGGGAUUGGAGAAGUGUUUCAGGGCUUCUCGAUGAGAUGAAGGAGAAAGGUGUGAAAGCAGAUGUUGUCACUUAUAAUGUGCUCAUUGGUGCGCUGUGUUGCAAGGGUGAGGUCCGGAAAGCAGUAAAGCUCUUGGAUGAGAUGGUGGAGGUUGGUUUGGAGCCAAAACAUGUGGCGUACAAUACCAUUAUAAAUGGGUUCUGUGAGAAGGGGGACGCUCAGGGUGCCCAUGAAAUCAGGCUUAGGAUGGAGAAACGUAAGAAGCGGGCAAAUGUGGUCACAUACAAUGUGUUUCUCAAGUACUUCUGCAAGAUGGGGAAGAUGGACGAGGCUAAUGUGGUACUGAAUGAGAUGUUAGAGAAAGGUCUAGUUCCAAAUAGGAUCACUUAUGAAAUAAUAAACUCAGGCAUGAUAGAAAAAGGUUAUGUGCCUGAUAUAAGUGGAUAUGCUGCAGAUGUUUCUAAAAACUUGACAUCUUCCUGAAAGAUUUGUUCUUGUAAUGUGCCAAUAUAGCUUGUUAGAACUUGCUGUG